UUCUGGUUCUUGUUUAACGUUUCUCUAGCAAAGUCUUUUGGGCCCAUUUGAGAUGAUGGGUGACAACAAAGGUGAAACUACUAAGAAACAGCAACAACAUUUAUCUUCUCCUUCUCCUUCUCCCAAAGAUCCAGUUGAGGAAUCAACUGAAACCAGACAACCACCACCACCACCACCACAACACCUCCAUCAACCACCGUCAUCCGCCGUCGUAGUCACCGGAGCUCCAACAUUUAUCCCUGCUCCUUUAUUCAUCCCAAUCAAUUUGACAAGUUCUGCUACUUUUGAGCAGCAACAACAACAACAGUUUGAAGCAGUGAAUCCAAAGAGGGCCAGAUACACAAGUGCUCAAUGGAAGCAAUUACCAUCUCCAUCUCCAUCUCAAUCUCAACAACAAAGACAUACCCAAAUGAAUAUUCUGAGCAGCGAGUCAAGUCCUUCCCCGUCAAAACACAUCACCACGAAACCAGCUUCGUCUUCAGAUACGGCGUCGUCUCCUUCACAAUCUCCUCGUCCUUCUCUCUCCGCUGCCUCAGGCCAAGAAACAAGCAAGCCAGAGGGGGGAGAUCAGUUUGACCACCAGUUCAGAAAGGGCAAGUACGUGAGCCCAGUUUGGAAACCAAACGAGAUGUUGUGGCUUGCUAGGGCUUGGAGGGUUCAGUACCAAGGUGGGUCUGAUGGGUCAGGCUCGUCUUCAAAGAGUGAGCCUCCUCAAGGAGCUCCGGCCACCGGAGCUGACGUGGCAGUCCCCUCAAGAGGAAAGACUAGGGCUGAUAAAGAUAGAGAAGUUGCUGAGUUUUUGAACAGACAUGGUGUUAAUAGAGAUGCUAAGACAGCUGGUACUAAGUGGGAUAACAUGUUGGGUGAGUUUAGAAAAGUUCAUGAGUGGGAGAGAGGUGGAGAGAGAGAGCACAUUGGUAAGAGUUAUUUCAGACUUUCACCUUAUGAGAGGAAGCUCCAUAGAUUACCUGCUUCUUUUGAUGAGGAAGUGUUUGAAGAGCUGUCUCAGUUCAUGGGGUCUAGAAUGAGAACACCUCAGAGUAGAACUGCCAUUGUUUCCGGUGAAGCUCUCACGGCGGCGAUAAAGACCCUUCCUCCACCUCCUCCAUUUGGAGAAGAAGAGUUCUCUUUCUCAGCUGGAAGGGCUAAACAACUGGUUAUGAAAAGUGGAGGUGAGACAUUUCUCCAUGGAAGUAGAGGAAGCUUAUUAGGGUUUGAUGCAUCAUCACUAGACGUUUCAGGUCCAUCAGGGUCAACAUCUUCUAAAGAGUUUCGUAGAAUUGGUAAGAUCAGAAUGAUAUGGGAAGAAUUAGUGAGCUUGUGGGCUGAGGAAGGUGAACAUCACAGAGGGAGAGUGAAGAUCCAAGGCUCCAACUUUCUGAACGCAGAUGAGUUAACUUUCUUGGAUGAUUCCAUGGUUGCUUGCACUAUGGAAGCAUUUGAAGAUGGUGCCUUAAAAGGCUUCUCUGUUGACAGAUUCGUUGCUGGACAACAAGUCAAAGUCUUCGGCAGAAGAAAGUCUUCCUCAGCUCCUGCUCCUUCUGGUUCCAAUGAAAGAGCUCAACUUACAUCUACAGAACCCUCCAUCAGAUCUAUUCCUCCAUGGGAGUUUCAAGACCCAACCGAAUACUACGUGGGUUGUCUGCGAGUUCCACCACCCACGCUUCCGAGCUUGUAUGAGCUCUCAUGGUACUUACAAGAACCACCCCCAGAGGAGUUACGAUUUCCACUUCGAAAAGACAUAUACAGAGAUUUGCCACAAGGAAAAGAACUCUUCUUUACCACCUCUUCUGAACUGCUAGAUUGUAGAGGUAUCACAUUCGAUUUGUUAGGCCCAAUUAUCAGAUCAAACCCUAGUCCAAGCGGUGGCACCGCCUCUAGUAGGGACUCUUUCAUUGGCCUUUGGGAUGAUUGCAUCAAUAGGGUUGUAUCCAAGUUAUGUCCCGUUGAAAUGGUUCUGGUUCGAAAAUCCUCGUCAUUAUUGGCUGAAACACUUCAAGAUCAAUGGCCUAAUGUGACUGGUUUUGUGAGAAAUUUUUGUUUGUGGAGAGGGGAAGAGAGUGAUCAAUUGAGGGAAGGUUAUCUUGAUCCUUCAUCUUCAAUAGUGGAAAAGCUUUUGUGGAGUUAUGUAGACCUACCUUACAUAUUAGGCUACUAUGCUGUUGGCUACAUGGUAACAUUUUGUGCAUUGAGUCAAUCGCAGGAUCGACUAAUCCGGACUGAUCUUUAUACCCUAGACCUAUCCACACCGGCAGAGAGAUUAAAAGCCCUAGUCCCAUGUUGGAGAAUUGCAGGCUUAUUGCCAUUGUUAGCCGACCGGUGCUUCAACUACAUCAACAAUGGCAACAAUUACAAGCUCUUUCCUUACAGCGAUUUUGAGCGGAUCGAUCAUGGUAAUGGAAAUGUGAUUGAAAUGACGCCAAACACAGUGACAAAGUUCUUCUCAAGUAAAAGAAAAUGGGCUGCUGUGAAAGAGAUCUACGACUUCCUGGAACACCGAAUCCCGCACAUCGAAUACCUCGAACGAUCAUCAGAGAAAGAUUUGGGAUUGAUAUUUAAGCCCAGAGGGUGCAAACUAAAACCCGCAAACUGUGAUCAACUAGUUGAGGCUCUAAGGCAUGUGACUAAGGCAUUGGUUGCAUUGCAUGACCUGUCAUUCAUGCACAGAGACUUGGGUUGGGACAAAGUGAUGAGGAGCGAUAGAGAGAACGAGUGGUUCAUCAGUGGGUUUGAAGAGGCGGUGGGGGCGCCGCAGAUAUACCCGCACGGGACGGCUAGUGGGAGGCACGCACCGGAGAUGGGAAGGGGAUUGCAUGGGGUGAAGGUGGAUGUAUGGGGUGUGGGUCAAUUGGUGAAAACAUGUGGGUUGGUGGGAGUGCCUAAAUUGCUUAGGGAUUUGCAGAAUAGGUGUUUGGACCACAACCCGGAGCAGCGGCCAACGGCGGCGGACUGUUAUCACCACUUGCUGCAGCUGCAGUCAUCUCUGUCUGCCACCGGUGGGUAUUGAUGUUUGAUUGAUGCUAUACAAAUCUCUGCACAAAAUCACCCCCUAGUUAUAUCAUAUACUUGGCAGCUCAUGACUAGGUCUAAUUCUAAUAGCUUCUCCUGUCUACUUUAGGUCCUUAGUUGCUCUAUUUAUUACCCAUUAGUUACAUUUUGAAGCUAGAUUUUUGUUGGUUUGUGCUUGACAGACCAAAACAAUCGAUGCAGUUUCAUGCAGACCCUUUUGGAAUUGUUUGGCAAGCUUUUGAUGUCAAUGCUGGGAUGCCAAUAUGCUCCCAAAUUUAUUUUCUUGGAUAAAUUACACUAUUUUCCUAUAAUUUUAGAUAAAAAUAUUAAGUCACAGUUUUGACAUAAUUAUAUUAUUUUUUUUUUUAGUAAA